AUGGCCGGCGUCCUGGCGCUGCCCGCAGUCACCCAGGAGUCCGGCUUCCUCGCAUCUGCGGCGGCGCUGGCCGGCGGCAGCGCGUACAGCGUCGCCAUCGGGCUGCUGCUGGCAGAGCUCUAUGUCAAUUCGACCGCGGCGGCGCGGCAGGGGACGCCUGAUGGCGGCGGCGGCGUCGAGGAUAGCGGCGGCGGUGGUCAGGGCAGCGGCGGCGGCGUUGAGGAGGGCAGCAGCGGAAGCGCGGUCUUUGCAGAGAUUGCGAGGAGCACGCUGGGCGAGCGCGGCGUGGCGCUGGGCGCGGGCGCCUACCUCUUCCUGCACGUCGCCCUGCUGGUCGCUUACAUAUCAAAGUCCGCCGAGGUCGUCUCGGCCGCCACCGGCCUGGGGACCCUCCCGUCCGCCGCGCUGUUCGUCGCGGCCUUUGGCGGCCUGUGCUACUGCUCCAGCUCAGCGCUGCUGGACCGCGUGAACGGCCUGCUGGUGGUGCUGAUCCUAGGCUCGUUUUUUGGGCUGCUGGCGUCCGCCGCGCCGCUGGUGGAGCCCGCACAGCUGCUGCGCGCGGACUGGGGCGCGGUGCCGGCGACACUGCCGGUCAUAGCGCUCGCAUUCGUGUGA